AUGAUUCUUUACUUUGCAAGAUUUUACUUGAAGAGUUCCAGAGAACUAAAAAGGUUAGAGUCAAUAUGUCGAAGCCCAGUCUUCUCUCACAUAUCAGAGACUCUCGAUGGACUGGACACAAUUCGAACAAGAGGCAGACAGAGAGAGUUUAUAGACAAGUUUUACAAGUAAGUUCGUGCAACUUUACAAGUGAGCUGGGAAACUCAAUUCAGGCUCGAGACGCAAAACUUUCAUAGUGCAGGGUUUAUUUUUGGCAUCUUAAAACAUUAUCCGUGAAAAACAGUCGUCCCUUCUCCCUUCCUUCCAUCAUAGCCAUUACCUUCUCCCCCCUCCCUCCCCCCCCACCACCUUCGUCUUCCAACGCUUUUAAAAUUGUAGACAUGGAAUGCUGGGUUGAUUGGGGCACUGAAUCUUAAAUUUUGUAUUCGGUCCCAGCCUCGAAUUAUUUUUGGCAUCUUAAAACAUUAUCCGUGAAAAACAGUCGUCCCUUCUCCCUUCCUUCCAUCAUAGCCAUUACCUUCUCCCCUCCCUCCCCCACUGAAUCUUAAAUUUUGUAUUCGGUCCCAGCCUCGAAUUCGCCCAUCUAUCUGAUCACUUUUUUUCGUUGGCGGUCUCGUGUCCAAAUGUUUUUUUUUCCUUUUAAUUUACAUUCUGUAUACCAAAUCUAUAAAUCUGUUUCGUUCAUCAUGGUGGUGGCACCCUCUGUGCAACGCUUAAGAAACUUGCUGCGCAGAAUUGACAUUUGAACUGGAGAUGAUUUACGUUGAUGUAUUUUCUUUCCCGUUGGACAGCUACCAAGACACUUAUACCCAGUCGUUCACGAUGGUGAUGCGGCGGUCUCCUCUCUUUCCUACCCCCACCCCUACCCCCUUCGCAACACUUUUUACGUUUUACUGAGUGAACAAAUAUUUAGACUCGAGAUGACUUAAGUUGAUCUAUUUUCUUUCCCAUUGGACAGCUACCGAGACACUCAUACCCAGUCUUUUGUCAUGGUGACGGCGAGUGGCAGAUGGUUCGGUGUUCGUCUGGAUGCAAUCAUUUCUCUUUUAAUAGGCUUAGUCGUCUCAGUGGCAGUUUUAGUAUCUCAAGAUGCUGGUAUGUAGAGUUUCAUCCGAAAUAAUUGCACCAUUUCACGCUCGUGUACACCCAAAAAAAUGUGAUAAAUAAGACUGUGAAAGAAUCUUUCCGCGCGUAGCUGGGAGACAAAAAGAAGUCGUUGUAGCCCAUUUCAUCACUAUCUUCAUGAGGACGAUUAACUUACAGAUAUUUUUUUCUAUUUAGCUUCCGCUGGGCUUUCUCUCGCUUACCUCAUUCAAACAGUGGCCCUGACGCAACACGCCGUCAGAAAAUCAUCAGAUGUCGAGAAUUUUAUGACGUCAGUUGAACGAGUUAUGACCUACACCAAGCUUGACUCUGAGCCUGGAUACCAAGUGGACACGCUUCCCCCGGAACACUGGCCACGCGAAGGAAAUAUCACAUUCCGCGACGUGUCGAUAACGUAUUACCCGGGGGGACCGAAAGCGCGGAGGAACAUCAGUCUUGACAUCAAAGGAGGCUCAAAUAUAGGUGUUGCAGGUCGCACGGGUGCCGGGAAAUCAUCUUUUGUAGCAGCUCUUUUACGCAUGCCCGAUCCUGACGGAGAUAUUCUCGUGGAUGGGGUUCAGAUAAAGAACAUUAAUCUCCGAACAGUUCGAGGAUGCAUAUCCGCUCUUGGCCAAACCCCGGUGCUUUUCAGUGGAUCAUUGAGGACAAAUCUGGAUCUUGUCAACCGCUUCAAAGAUGCAGAUCUGUGGCGAGUCUUAGAGGAUGUGCAACUGAAAGAUUUCGUACAAAGUCUUGAGGGACAAUUGGAUUACGAAUUGUUGGAAAAUGGAGCAAAUGUCAGUGUAGGAGAGCGGCAGUUGAUUUGUUUGGCUCGUGUUCUGUUGCAGUAG